AUUUUUUUUUUCUAUUUUUUUCAAGUGAUGGCCAUAAAAACCAUGGUGGCCAAUGUGCCUUCUGUCACAAGAGCAUUAGUGUUGAUAGUGUUGUCUUUGUCUAUUAGCUCUUAUGUCUAUAUAUACCGUUUACAACUCGAAGCAGAUCCAGAUACACCUGUUCUUUCUAUUUGUCCUUUUAUUGGUCUUUUGCCAGGAUUUGUUAUUUAUGCACCUUGGACAUUUUUGACAGCUGCCUUUUAUGAAAGUAACAUAGUGACGCUUUUAUUGAGUGUGGUGAUCUUGUUAUUAUGUGGAAAAUACCUUGAACGUGCUUGGGGCUCAAAGGAAUUACUCAAGUUUGUGCUUGUAUCAGCUGUAUUGUCAAAUGUUGUCACUUGGUUUGGUAUUUUGAUUUCUUAUUAUUUAUCAGGGGAUGAUAAAUUCUUGUAUCAAAUUCAAAUCAAUGGUAUGUCAGGCGUGUUUUCAGCAUUUUUAGUUGCUUUUAAGCAUUUGAUUCCUGAACAUCGUAUUGCUAUGAUGGGAGGAAAGAUAUCUAUUCGUGUCAAGAAUCUAUUAGGUGUUGUCACAGCCAUCAGUAUUAUCAGCCUCAUUUUAUUUAAAGCCAUUGUGUUUUAUAAUCUUGUCAAUAUUGGUUGGGUGGUUGGCUGGAUUUAUAUUCGUUUCUUUAAGUAUCAAGACGGUAUUCAAGGUGAUCAAAGCGAGACAUUUGCUAUUCAGACAUUUUUCCCUGAAUUUUUACAUCCAGUCAUUCUGUUUAUUUCCAACAUUGUGUAUGGUGUGCUUGUCAAAGUAAGAUGUUGUAAGCCUGGUCCUCGUCCUUAUCAUGAUGUUGAAAUUGGCCAUGUUGCACCUGUGCCUGGAUCAGCCCGAGCAGAAGCCGAGAGAAGAAGGGCACUUGCAUUAAAAGCAUUAGAUAUGCGUUUAUCAUCUAAACCAUCUUCAAGUGAACCCAAACCAGACAAUCCAGUUUUAUUUGAUGCAGAACAAGAUACACAACCAUAAAUAAAAAAUAAACUGCUUUUUGAAUGACGUAAGCUUACUCGAUUGAAACAGAGCUCCAAUCAAACAAGAGAGUAGGGCAUUGAAUGAAAUCAAG